CAUAAAUGAGGUUGUCACUCACUGUUAGUGACGUCGAACUCACAGACUGGCAUAUAUUUGAACGCGCCUUCACUACAUUUCGAAACGUCCCUCACCAGACGAUAAGCCAGCUCACUUGACACCAUUCGAAACACUUGCAGAUAUCAGCCAAUACUCAAGGUUACCUAUCCCACCUGGAUAUUCACUCAAAUUAGUCGACAGUGGCUCUACUCCUCUCACCAGCGAGACCUUCCUGCCGCCUCCUCUUCGCCACCAGCCCCACUCGGAGACAACAUCAAUACCGACAGCCACGAUCACCAACCAUCAGUAGCACGCCACGUAAAAACAUCAGCAUGGCGUGGCGAAGCUCCGGCUCGACCAACGAGGAACUGGUCGAGAAGCUGUGCCUCAACAACAUGAUCAAGUCGGACGUGGUCAAGCAGGCGUUCCUGAAGGUCGACCGCGGCAACUACGCCCCCUCCUCCCCUUACGCAGACUGCCCCCAGACCCUCGGCCACGGCGCCACAAUCUCCGCCCCGCACAUGCACGCCUCAGCCGUCGAGCACCUGCUUCCCAUCCUGCAGCCGGCCCCCGGGUCAGGCAGGCCAAGCAGCACGGCCCGGCCCACGCGCGUGCUGGACAUCGGCUCCGGCUCGGGCUACCUCACGCACCUGCUAGCCGAGCUCCUCCCCGCCGACGCGCCAUCCGACGUCUCCGCCGCCGCCGACGGCAGGGUCCCCGCGUCGGUGGUGGGGCUCGAGCACAUCGAGGCGCUGCGCGACAUGGGCGAGCGCAACAUGUCCAAGACGGAGGAGGGCCGGGCGCUGCUCGCGAGCGGGCGGGUGCGGUUCCGGCUGGGCGACGGGCGCAAGGGGUGGGUCGAGCCCGGGGAGGAGGAGGCCGGGUGGGAUGUGAUCCACGUCGGCGCGGCGGCCGUCCGGCUGCAUGAUGAGCUUGUGCAGCAGCUGCGGUCGCCGGGGAGGAUGUUCAUCCCUGUUGAGGACGAGGGGGGCGUUGGGGGCCAGCACAUCUGGGCUGUCGAUAAGGAUGCCGAGGGUAAUGUGACCAAGAAGAGGCUGUUUGGGGUGCGGUAUGUGCCGUUGACGGAUGCGCCCAAGUGAGGGUGGUCUGGGGCUGGGAUUCGACUCGGAGGGGUCUGGUGCAGCAGUCGGAUGAUGCGAGUGGGUAGUUGAGGCAGGUUGUUGGCCGUAACUUUUUUGGCGUUGGGCUGUGAUGGGACCAGUCCAGUGAGAUGAUCUUAUGGCAGUCGGUUGCCCUUAAUUUGAGCGACAUAACCGCUUGCUUUGCUAGUCAUCUAUCAAGGCCCAUAGGUGCUCUUUGCAGUUCAGUCAUGUUGUUAUA